AUGUCGGGUUCCCCUCAGGACCCGGGGGCAAGCUCCAACUCGAGCUCCAACGAGUCGCCCCAACCUGGCUCGUCCAGAAAUCCUUUCAUGAACCCGCCGCAAGACCAGCAAGUACAGCAGGGAAAGCUUCUUACUCCGCCGCUGCUUCAUCCUACGUCUGUGACUCCCCAGGGAAGGAAGGAAAAGAAAAGAGUCGGCUUCCACGGUGACGGCCAGCCUCAACAAGAGACCCGACCACCAAGUAUCGUCGUCGACGACGACUACUUCGCGCAGACCAUGUCUCCCGAAGCUAACCCCUUCGAUACACCGCGUCGGGAUACAGAUUCCACCCCAGCCGGUGCCCCGGACGCUGGUGAGCUGCGCCGCGCCCUUACCCAGGUGCUCAUCUCGGAGAACCAAGAUGGCAGCCCCUCCGAGACACCCGCCCGGCCCCGUCCCGUGCUGCGCCGGAACACCAGCUACGACGAUCCGCAGGAGAGGGAAAAGGCCGACCUCGCUGAGCGGACCGCUGGCGAACGCCAGCAGCGUUCCGGACUCGAGGCUCGUCAACGUGCCAACCGAUUGGCCGUCAGCGUCGAGAACUACUCGUCACCAUCCCGUCGUAGCUCGCUUGAUGGUGGCUACAACCCCUUCAGCGACGAGGAGGAUGUGGACCAAGUCGCUGGCUUGAGCACAGCAGUGGACGGCGCCGAGGAUCGCCGCAAGGUCCGGUCUCGUCCAAGAAAGAACUCACAUCUGGAUGCCGAGAACCUCGUCCGAUCGCACACAAAACGUGCCAAGAAGGGUGGUCGAGGACCGAACGAUUACUUCAAAUAUCAACCACCACCGGGCACCCGCUCCGGAGCCGCAACGCCCACGCUGGAGCAGUCCUACGCCCACGACUAUGUUCCCCCGCCCAAACAGUAUCACGGCGGUAUCCUCUCCUCCCUUCUCAAGUUGUACAACGAGAAUGGUAGCGGAGGCAGCAGCGGACGGAACACGCCGGGUGCAACUACUCCGGGGACGGCCACACCUAAUCACUCUCCCCCCGGCUCCCUGCCGGCAUCUGCACCCCCUUCGGCUCCCGGGUCCCCCCGGCCCUCGCGCCCCAACAGCGGAUUGUUCAACUACCACAAGAAACAGGGCUCGCGCUCCUCCGUGGCUUUGGCAGAGCUCCUGAAGUCGUCGUCCGCCAUGGCCGGUCCCGCUUCGAGUGUGUUCAGCCAGGGGUUCACAGAGAAGAUCAAGCAGGAGCCCCCAUCUAGGCCGAAGAAAAAGAAGUCUAGUGUCUGGGGUGGCUCGUCGCCAAGGUCUUCCAGGUCCUCCAAAUCUGACGAUAAGAUUCGCAUCACCAAGCAUAUCGCACAAAUCUUGUCGCGGCACAAGUAUCUCGUCAAGCUGUGCAGGGCGCUGAUGCUGUACGGUGCUCCGACGCAUAGACUCGAGGAGUACAUGAAGAUGUCGGCGCGUGUACUUGAGAUCGAGGGCCAGUUUCUGUACAUCCCCGGUUGCAUGAUCAUCAGCUUCGACGACAGUGCAACCCAUACAACCGAGGUCAAGAUUGUUCGCUCGGCGCACGGUGUUGAUCUAGGCAAACUGCGCGACGUGCACGACAUUUAUAAGCAGGUUGUUCACGAUCUGAUCAGUGUCGACGAGGCCACCAUCAUGCUUGAAAACAUUACGAGUCGCAAGCUGAAGUUUGGCAACUGGAUGCGUGUGCCGAUUUACGGCCUUGCCAGUGCCUGCGUUGCCCCCUUCGCCUUCCAGGGACGCUUCAUCGAUCUACCUAUUGCUUUCAUCCUCGGCUGCAUCCUAGGCUGGAUGCAGCUCAUUCUCGCACCGAGCAAUGAGCUGUACGCCAACGUCUUUGAGAUCACGGCUGCGAUCGUUACAUCCUUCCUGGCCCGCGCUUUUGGUUCAAUCAACCACGGCUCGCUUUUCUGCUUUUCCGCCCUGGCACAGAGCUCUAUCGCUCUCAUUCUACCUGGUUACAUGGUGCUCUGCAGCAGUCUGGAGUUGCAGAGUCACAACUUGGUGGCGGGAAGUGUGCGCAUGGUCUACGCAAUGAUCUACACUCUCUUCCUCGGAUACGGCACUACAAUCGGCACUGCCCUCUAUGGAAUGAUCGACAAACACGCAGAAUCACGAACGACCUGCACCAACCCGCUGAACAGGAACUGGUAUUUUCUGUUCGUGCCGGGCUUCACCCUCUGCCUUUGCAUCAUCAACCAGGCCAAGUGGAAGCAGACGCCGGUCAUGAUCAUUAUCUCACUCGCAGGAUUCCUUGUGAACAGCUACUCGUCCGACUUCUUUGUGGGGAACGCACAAAUCUCCAACAUGCUUGGCGCACUCACGGUCGGGCUGCUAGCUAACCUCUACUCCCGCCUGGGUGUCAUUCCCGAGCGAAAGCGGACCGUCGGCUACGGGCUUGCGGCCGCAGCCAUGCUGCCUGCGAUAUUCGUGCAGGUUCCUAGUGGUCUUGCGGCCGGUGGGUCGCUGCUGGCUGGUGUGACGUCCGCCGACCAGAUUACGAACAACAACGGUACUGCGUCGACCAGUACUUCUACGGACCUCAACAACUCUGCUUUCGCCGUUCUCCUCAGUGUCAUUCAGGUAGCCAUCGGCAUCACUGUCGGAUUGUUCUUGAGUGCCUUGAUGGUAUAUCCGCUGGGCAAGCGCAGGAGCGGCUUGCUCAGCUUCUAG